GCGGCGGCGGCGGCGGGGCCUGGAGCCGGAUCUAAGAUGGCAGCAGCGACGGCGGCGGCGGGGCCGGGCGUGGGCGGCGCAGGGGCGGCCGGCCCGGGUGUCGCGGGGCCCUGCGGGGCCGUGUCCGUGUUCCCCGGCGCCCGCCUCCUCACCAUCGGCGACGCGAACGGCGAGAUCCAGCGGCACGCGGAGCAGCAGGCACUGCGCCUCGAGGUGCGCGCCGGCCCGGACGCGGCGGGCAUCGCCCUCUACAGCCAUGAAGACGUCUGUGUGUUCAAGUGCUCAGUGUCCCGGGAGACAGAGUGUAGCCGUGUGGGCAAGCAGUCCUUCAUCAUCACCCUCGGCUGCAACAGCGUCCUCAUCCAGUUUGCCACACCCAGCGAUUUCUGUUCCUUCUAUAACAUCCUGAAAACCUGCCGGGGCCACACCCUGGAGCGGUCCGUGUUCAGCGAGCGCACGGAGGAGUCCUCUGCUGUGCAGUAUUUCCAGUUUUAUGGCUACCUGUCCCAGCAGCAGAACAUGAUGCAGGACUACGUGCGGACGGGCACCUACCAGCGCGCCAUCCUACAGAACCACACGGACUUCAAGGACAAGAUCGUUUUAGACGUUGGCUGUGGCUCUGGGAUCCUGUCAUUUUUUGCUGCCCAAGCUGGAGCGAGGAAGAUCUACGCGGUGGAGGCCAGCACCAUGGCCCAGCAUGCCGAGGUCCUGGUGAAGAGUAACAACCUCACCGACCGCAUUGUGGUCAUCCCCGGGAAGGUGGAGGAGGUGUCCCUCCCCGAGCAGGUGGACAUCAUCAUCUCUGAGCCCAUGGGCUACAUGCUCUUCAAUGAACGCAUGCUCGAGAGCUACCUCCACGCCAAGAAGUACCUGAGGCCUGGUGGAAACAUGUUUCCCACCAUUGGCGAUGUCCACCUCGCACCCUUCACUGACGAACAGCUCUACAUGGAGCAGUUCACCAAGGCCAACUUCUGGUACCAGCCAUCCUUUCAUGGAGUGGACCUGUCAGCCCUCCGAGGCGCCGCGGUGGACGAGUAUUUCCGGCAGCCUGUGGUGGACACAUUUGACAUCCGGAUCCUUAUGGCCAAGUCUGUCAAGUACACGGUGAACUUCUUAGAAGCCAAAGAAGGAGAUUUGCACAGGAUAGAAAUCCCAUUCAAAUUCCACAUGCUGCAUUCCGGGCUGGUUCACGGUCUGGCUUUCUGGUUUGACGUCGCUUUCAUUGGCUCCAUAAUGACCGUGUGGUUGUCCACGGCGCCGACGGAACCCCUGACCCACUGGUACCAGGUCCGGUGCCUGUUCCAGUCACCACUGUUUGCCAAGGCUGGGGACACGCUCUCAGGGACAUGUCUGCUUAUUGCCAACAAAAGACAGAGCUAUGACAUCAGUAUUGUGGCCCAGGUAGACCAGACAGGCUCCAAGUCCAGUAACCUCCUGGAUCUGAAAAACCCCUUCUUCAGAUACACCGGGACGACACCCUCUCCCCCACCGGGCUCCCACUACACAUCCCCCUCGGAGAACAUGUGGAACACCGGCAGCACCUAUAACCUCAGCAGCGGGAUGGCUGUGGCCGGAAUGCCGACCGCCUACGACCUGAGCAGUGUUAUCGCCGGAGGCUCCAGCGUGGGCCACAACAACCUGAUUCCUCUAGGUGAGCGCCCUGGGGGCCGGGCGCCUGGGACUGCCGCACUGGGCCUUCUGCAUCACCACCUUUUCUUCCUUGCUGGGGCUGAGGUCCCCUGUUCCAUUCCUCUCUGCCUCGCUCUGCCAGAACCAUGCCCACCUCCCUCCCCACACCCGUGUGUGAGCGCCCACCACGACGGGCGCGUGGGCCGAGGCAGGCUGGGGGCGGUGACGCCGUCUCCCUUCCUUCCUUCCUCCCUCUUGCUGCGCAGCCAACACGGGGAUUGUCAAUCACACCCACUCCCGGAUGGGCUCCAUAAUGAGCACGGGGAUUGUCCAAGGCUCUUCUGGCGCCCAGGGCAGCAGCGGCGGCAGCUCCAGCGCCCACUACGCGGUCAACAGCCAGUUCACCAUGGGCGGCCCCGCAAUCUCCAUGGCCUCGCCCAUGUCCAUCCCGACCAACACCAUGCACUACGGGAGCUAGGCCCGCCCAGCGUGGAACAGACUGACAGCACCAGGAAACCAAAUGAAGACCCUGCCCACCCCACCCCUCCACCUGGGCGGCUCUCACCCCUGUACUGGAGAAGCCGAACAACCAGUCACAGCCCUCUUUGCUACGGGAACUCGAACACUUUUUUACACAACGUUGCCGCCGCCCCCACCCCACCGCCCACCCACAUCUUGGCCCUGAGCGCGUGUCGCUGCCAUAUUUUACACACGAUCAUGUCAUGGGAGCCCUGUUGCCCCCUCCUAUCCUCUCCACCCUGACCUGGGCUUGACAUCUUCUGUAACAGGCGUGUCCGGGCCUGACAGCUGCAGGCCUGGCGGGGGAAUGGAAGCAGCUGCUGCCGGGUCCCUGGGGCCUGCCCUCCUCUGUCUCCAGCAGGAAGGCUCUCCUGGCUGGGCGGGGCCUCCCCUUCAACUACCAGGCCUUGGUCACAAUGGGCGUGACAUGCUGCUUUUUUUAAUUUUAUUUUUUUACGAAAAGAACCAGUGUCAAUCCACAGACCCUCUGAGAAAUCAGGCCGGCCGGGCCGAGCCAGCAGCCCCUCUCCCCGACUCAGAGGCUCAGUGGCGAGGGGCAGCCCUGCGGGUCUGCAGGAUGGGGCAGGGCUGGGCCUCUGGACCCCUCGGCCCCCUCCCACCAAAGGGUUCACCUCACACUUGAAUGUACAACCCACCCGGCUGUCGGGAAGGCCCUCCGUCCUCAGCCCCUGCCUCUUGCUGCUGUCCUGUCCCUGAGCCCCUGCAGGUCUCCCACCCCCACCCGCACCCAGAGCUAGAACAGGUGGCCCUGUGGGCCCUGGAGGGAAGGGUCACCAUCAGCCACUUGGGGCAGACACAAACCUCAAGGGUCUGUGGUGAAAGGCGUCCUUUUUCCGUGUAGCUAAUGUUAGGCCUGUGUGUCCCCUUCAGUAUUUGUAGAUGCUCAAGUCCCCACUAUAAUGGCAUUUUGGUCCCUCCCCAGUCUGGGAAGGGGCCUUGCAGGGACCCCUCCAAAAAAGAAAAGCAAAAUAAACAAGGAAAUGUAUGUUUCAGCACAGGCAGUUUUCUUCUACUUCUCCCCGUUUCUAACACCCGCAAACUCAGAUGUGGUGGAGCUAGGCCCAAGGCCCACAAGCUGGGCACCCCAGUGAGAGCAGGCACAGCCAAGGCUGGGGUGGCCCUUUUGCUGCCCACCCGUCCUGGCAGGUAGCCCAUGGGGCGAUGGCUGCCCUGGAAGCUCCCUGCUCUGUCCCUCUUCCCGCCUUUAUAUAAAUUCUCUGAAUCACCUUUGCAUAGAAAAUAAAAGUGUUUGCUUUGUAAGAAAA